AUGCUGUCGCCCGGUCAAGAAUCAACGUCGCACCACGAAGCUUUCCCUGAAACAAGCGAACUCAUUCAGGCUUUCUGUUGGACGGCUCAACGUUUAAAGAUAAAAGAUGUUUUUGACCAGAUCGGAGUAUGAUAGAGGUGUAAACACAUUCUCUCCAGAGGGAAGAUUGUUUCAGGUUGAAUAUGCCAUAGAGGCAAUAAAACUUGGCUCCACGGCCAUCGGUAUCCAGACAUCAGAGGGAGUGUGUCUUGCUGUGGAGAAGAGGAUCACCUCCCCACUCAUGGAGCCCAACAGCAUUGAGAAAAUCGUGGAGAUUGACAGUCACAUCGGUUGUGCCAUGAGUGGCCUAAUAGCUGAUGCUAAGACUCUGAUUGACAAAGCAAGAGUGGAAACACAGAACCACUGGUUCACCUACAAUGAGACGAUGACGGUGGAAAGUGUGACUCAAGGUGUGUCCAACCUGGCGCUGCAGUUCGGAGAGGAGGACGCAGACCCUGGUGCCAUGAGCCGACCCUUUGGUGUUGCGUUGCUGUUUGGGGGUGUGGAUGAAAAAGGACCCCAACUGUACCACAUGGACCCUUCGGGAACCUUUGUGCAGUGUGAUGCCCGGGCUAUCGGUUCUGCGUCAGAGGGAGCACAAAGCUCUUUGCAGGAGGUUUACCACAAGUCGAUGACAUUAAAAGACGCCAUCAAGUCCUCUCUGACCAUCCUGAAGCAGGUGAUGGAGGAGAAGCUCAACGCCACCAAUAUUGAGCUGGCCACAGUAGAGCCCGGUAAGACCUUCCACAUGUACACCAAAGAGGAACUGGAGGAUGUAAUCAAGGACAUCUAGAGUAGAAAACUCUUGGUGGACGUUCUGGGCUGAAAAGAAAGGGACACAUAAGUGUCACUACAUAGCUACAACUUUCCAACCACCUGCAGCUUUUAGACGUUCUGUUAGGAGGUUUCUAUUUGUAAUGUAGUAAUUUGCCUCUUGUCUACCAGUGUCUGAGCACCUCUUUCCAGAAGGGCGACCAGCACUUUCAGCCGAGUUAGGGGAGGGAUCAUUGAAGGGGUAGGGAGGGAUAUCUUUUGUUACGGAUCAAUGCUAUAAUAAAAGCUGUUAAACUCAAAAAGUGGACUGACACUUUUUUAAUUUUCUUGUUUUGUUCUACGCAGCAGGGUUUAUGUUAACACAUUUAAUUUAUUAAAUAUGCAGGAUUGGUUAAUGGAUUUUAGACAUGGUUGUAAUAAAAUCAGCACUCAGACAUGCAAACGAUAUUUAGCAUUAAAUUAUUACCGGCUGUAUUUACAUCAUUAGUUUUGUGCCUAAAGGUUUGUAGUUGUGUGUGUGUCUACACUCUAUACCAAUUCUGUGAGUUGGUAACCGCUUCCAGCUAAAAGUAAAAUUAAACAUUAUUCUCAUCAAAUAA